UCCACGUGGUCAUCCCAAACCGCUGCCCCCCACCCCAUGCCAUGCCCCCCUGGCACUCUGAGCCCCUCCUCACUCACUCUUAUGCCACCCCAAGCACCCAGACCUGCAGCUCCUGGGCAUGGGGGCCGGAGUGCCUGGCUCACCACCCGGGGUGCAGGUGGUAGGGCCUGUGGGGACGAGGCAUCUCCAUGGAGAUGGUGGGACCCCGGGCAUCACUUCCCCCUGGUGGGUUGAGGGCGGGGCCAGAGUUGAGCCCCCGCCACAUGUGCAGUCCAGCCCGGGACUCCUUGCCAGGCUGAGUGGGGUGGCACAGACCCUGCGCUAGGGUGACCAGACAGCAAAUGUGAAAAAUCGGGACGGGGUGGGGGGUAAUAGAAGCCUAUAUAAGAAAAAGACCCAAAAUUCAGGACUGUCCCUAUAAAAUCAGGACAUCUGGUCACCCUACCCUGCGCUGCCCCACCUCCUACCUGGGGGUGUACAGCCUGGGGACCACAAGGGGACAGCACCGCCCCCUUCUGGGCCUAACAGAGUCACCACAUUAGUAAUGACCCAACACUUCUCUAGCACCUCUCCCUACGGAUAUUCCCAGCAUGCCAUGCAGCCACCUCUUGGGUGGGGCGUGGGGCUGUUUAUACAGGGAUCCAUUGGCUGGUGCUGAAAUGCAGCCACCUUUGGGGGGAGGUAGGAUGUAUAAAUACAGUCACCCAGCAACUGUGACCAAGUGAGGGAGUUUCUUGUUUUUCCUUGUUGCCUAUGGGGAAUUUUCUUGGCUUUCCUAUGGUUUGCAUGCAGAGUGGGUGGGACUCAGUUUCCCUAGGUGCUACGGGUUUAACGAGGUAAUAGGAGAGGGAGUUUGUUGGUACAGAGGGCCAGCGAGGGAACUUGGGACCCCAACCACUGGCCUGGAGAAUGGAGACCCCAGCAACCGGUGACCUGGUGACCCGGAGGCCCAGUUCAGGAGUCGCAGCCGGUUCUGGCCAGUGGGAGGACAAUGGGCUGCAGAGAGAGGACAGAAGGAUCAGGUGACCCUGUUCACCUGGAGAGAAGAUAAUGGACAGAGGCCGGGGCUGGGGCUGAUGAUAUCGGAUGCCCAGCUGGGAAGCAGGGGAGCUCAAGGCUGGAGGGAGAGAGCAGGCAGAGCCCACCUGGAUUCAGGGGAGACUGGGAUGCGCUGUGCUGAGGGAGGCCAGGCCUGAGGCCCUGAGAGUUUCCUGUGCUGGGUUCAGAUGCUCAAUAAACCCUCCUGUGUUAUGCUGGCUGAGAGUCUCUCCAGUCUAGAGAACAGGGGGGCAUCAUCCCCUUCAGGGGUGGAGGCCCCAGGGAUCCAGAGCGAGUGGACUCCCUGAGAGGGUCCACGGCGAGAGACAGGUGUGCUAAGGCUCAGAGAAGUGCGGCUCCAGGAGCCAGAGGGGCUUAACCCCCGAGAGUGGACCCCCGAGAAAGGCUGUCGCACUGAAAGGGGCACCCCCCAUAGACCGCACAGGGCCAAGAGUGGACAUGACCUGUGAGUCCGUGACAGUAGGGCCUGUGGGGAUGGGGCAUCUCCAUGGAGAUGGUGGGACCCCGGGCAUCAUUUUCCCAUGGUGGGUUGAGGGUGAGGCCAGAGCUGAGUGUCCGUCACAGGUGCAGCCCAGCCCGGGACUCAGCGCUGCCCCUCACCGGGCUGAGCAGGGGGCACAGACCCUGUGCUGCCCCCCCCACACACACACCUUGGGACCACCAGGGAACAGCACCGCUCCCUUCUGGGCAUAACAGAGUCACUACAUUAGUAAUGACCCAACGCUUCUCUAGCGCCUCUCCCCACGGAUACCCCCAGCAUGCCCUGCAGCCACCUCUGGGGUGGCGCAUGGGGCUGUUUAUACAGGGAUCCGUUGGCUGGUGGUGAGAUGCAGCCACCUCUGGAGGGAGGUAGGAUAUAGAAAUACAGUUGCCCAGCAACACUGCCCAGCAAUUUGGGACAGGAAGUGAAAACAAAUCAAGUUUCUGUGUGAAGCUGUGUGGGGAGAAGCCUUGAAUUCAACCUGGGAGAAAAGCAGCAUAUGCCAGCUGGGCCCUUCUGCUCCUCCCUCCCCAGCUGGGCCCUGCUGCUCCCCCCCACCCCCAGCUGAGCCAUGCUGCUACCCCUGCCCAGAAAGGAACAGCCCCCAGACAGCUUGGCCAAUGGGCCCCAAAUGCACACUUUCGUGAUGGCACCGCUUGCCAGUCUGGCUGCACUCUGCAGAAUACCCACAGUGGCUAGGGUGGGGCUGGCCCUGGGUCUCGCUACCCACACCCCAGCCUCGCAUGGCCCAAGCUGCCUGCUGGGCCAUGGCCUGGCAGGGAUUAGGAGAUUUAACAUUCCAUAUUUAGCUGCAGGAUGAGGAAUUAUGGUGCCAGGGAGGACACAGCCGCCACAGCCCCUACAGUGCACGUGUCCCUGGGGCUGCCAGGGGGCGAGUCAACCGCACAGCACCAUGGGGGCGCCAGGAAGGCCCCGGGGAGUCGGCAGGUGCAGGGUGCAGGCCCUGGGACUGAGCAACUGAAACCUGCCGGAGAUCAGAGGGCUGGUGCCAAGUGGUGACCGGGCAAUUCCCCAGGGCACUUGGUUGGGGGCACCAGGCUUGGGAAUAGGGUGAGUACCCAGGGCACAGGAUGGCGUCCUUUGUGCGGCUGCUGGUGUCACAGGCAGAGCGGAUGGUCUCGCGUCUCUUCAAGGCGGAGCGUGGCGAGGGGCCCGGCUCCUUCCUGGAGGCGCCGCGGACGGAGAAGCUGCUGGAGCAGGGCGAGGGGGGCGGGCUGCGCUACGGGCUGGGCGCCAUGCAGGGCUGGCGGGCCCACAUGGAGGACGCGCACACGGCUCAACCCCAGCUGCCGGGCAGCCUGGCCACCUGGGCCUUCUUUGCCGUGUACGACGGGCACGCGGGCGGCACGGUGGCGCAGUUCUGCGCCCGCCACCUGCUGGGGGAGCUGGUGGUGGGUGAGGCCUUCACGGGGGACGUGGAGUCACCAGAGGCGGUGAAGGAGGCGGUGCGGGAGGGCUUCCUGCACAUCGACAGCCGCAUGCAGGCGCUGGCCCGUGCCGAGGGGUGGGAGCACGCCGGCUCCACCGCCGUGGCCGUGCUGGUCUCGCCGCGCCACCUCUACUUCAUCAACCUGGGCGACUCGCGGGCCCUGCUAUGCCGGGCCGGCCGCCUCACCUUCUACACGGAGGACCACAAGCCCAGCCGGCCACGGGAGCGGGAGCGCAUCGAGAACGCCGGCGGCACCGUCCUGCUGCAGCGGGUCAACGGCUCCCUCGCCGUCUCCCGCGCCCUGGGUGACUUUGACUACAAGGCCGUGGCCUGGCGGGGCCAGACGGAGCAGCUGGUGUCACCCGAGCCUGAGGUGUAUGAGCUGGCGCGCUGCCCUGGCGAGGACGAGUUCUUGGUGCUGGCCUGCGAUGGCGUCUGGGACGCCUUCGACACCGAGGGGCUCUGCGCCUUCGUCCGCUCCCGCCUGCAGCUCGGCAGGGACCCGCAGGCCGUGUGCGAGGAGGUCCUGGAUGCCGGGCUCUACAAGGGAAGCCGCGACAACAUGACCUGCAUGGUGGUGUGCUUCCGGGGGGCCCCCAGCACCUCCCAGGCCGCCCUGCAGAAGGAGCGGGAGCUGGACGCCCACCUGGAGAGCCGGGUGGCAGAGCUGUAUGGGGAGCUGCAGGAGCAUGGGGCUGCCAGCCUCAUGGCUGUCUUCCGGUGCCUGGCGUCCGAGGUGAACCCCAGCCUGCCCCCCGGCGGGGGUCUGGCCAGCAAAAGAGCCGUGAUCAUGGAGGCCUACGAGCGCCUGCGUCGGAGCUAUGAGGCCCAGAUGUCAGGAUCCUGUGAGAGCAGUGCCCCCUGCUAAGCAGAUCUCUUGGGGCAGAGGCGCCCAUGGGAAGAGGAUACUGGACCACCCCUUUCCCUGACAGCUCUACGUGCCCCCCUCCGCAGAUGGCUCUGACAGACCCCCUGACCUUCCCCACCCCCGAUGGCUCUGCCAAGCCCAGGGCUCCCUGCCUGGCUCUGCUCUGGUGCCAGAGGAAAGGCCACAGCACAAGGGGACGGAUGCUGCCGGGGCCUGCGUGUGUCCCCCCAUCACCGCACGGGAGUGCGUGGCACAGGGAGGGGCGUUGGAGGUUAGGGGGCUGCCCGGGGCUCAAACGCAGGGGCAGGGCUGAGAGCAAAGGACUCCUCCACCACAGCAAAGACCGAUGCUCGUUGACAGGCGCUCGGAUCCUGCCGCAGCCUCCCUUCAGGGCAGCUAGAGAACUCUCCCCGUCUGGUGCCCCCAAAGGGGCCGCUCACAGGUGGAGCAAUAGACACGUCACCUGCUGGCUUCCGCCGUCCCGUCACUGUUUGCAGUGACCCCAGUGUCCCCCUGUCCCGAAUCUCCCCCAAACCCGCUCCUGGCCAUGCCCAGCCCUCACCCAGACGCUCCCGGGAGUGAAUCCGGUCGCUGCACCUACAGCUCAUCGCUGUAAUGGGGGCUUGACACACGCUCUGAGCUCAAGCCCAGCCCAGCCCUGGUGUACAGGAAAAGCCCAGCAGAAAGUCCCGGCCCCCCGGGAUCCCCAGCCCGAGGAGCGAAGCGUGAACCGGUUUCUCCCCCGUACUCGGCUCCUCGAGACUCCAGCCCGCUUUGGCUGAGGAGCCCCAAAGUUCUGUGGUUUCAGGGGCUCUGGUCCCUCGAAUCUGCCCCCCCCCACCAUGAUGGACGGCUCCAGCGGCUUUGUGCCCCCCACCUGGCACCCCAGACUGGAUUGUCUCUGUUUGGAGAGCCCAAGAGGCCUCCUCUUCCUGGCUGUGGUCUUCCCAUCCCACCGCUGAAUCAUAUGGAGACGGGGGCUUCCCUUGAUGCCACACUGCUCAGGCUCACUGGGGACAGGUCGGCAGUCAUGCCCGUCCCUCCUGCCCGGUCCUCCCGGGGCUCGGCCACAGCCGUCCAAGCAGAGAGUCGGUGAGUGUCCAUAACUCCCCGUGCAGCGGGAAUACAGCCCUGGCACAGGGAUAUUCCGCACCAGCUGCCCCGGCUUUCGGAACCGACCACACUUGGUGCGCUUGACAGCCUGGUAAUGCCACCCCCCCCCAGCCAGGAUCGCCCCCAGCUCGACGGCCCACUAACGCGGCCCGCAGCCAGGAUCGCCCCCAGCUCGAUGGCCCGGUAACGCUGCCUCCCAGCCAGGAUCGCCCCCAGCUCGACGGCCCACUAAUGCCGCCCGCAGCCAGGAUUGCCCCCAGCUCGAUGGCCCGGUAACACUGCCCCCCCCAGCCAGGAUUGCCCCCAGCUUGACGGCCCGGUAACA